AUGUUCCUUAUGCUCCCAAGAUCGGCCUUACUAGCCUCUCUUCUCGGAAACUGCCUGGCGAACCUCCUCACACCAUUCGGAACCACCGCCAGUGCGAACGCCAUAAAGUUUCAGCCAGUGAUUGAUUUUGAUACAGAAAGCUGCUACAACACAGCCGCUGUCGGCACGAACGGACAAGUGAAUGACGGCAUCGCGCCGUCUGUCGCUCCCCCACCUGUGCCAACCCACUGGCUCUUCACCUCGAAUAACACCGAGGAGGAUCGCAUACUCCCUAACCUGCGCGGCUGCCGUGAAAAGGACCGGCUCGACCAUGGCCAAGUCUACGUCCGUGAACGCUGCAACCACGGCUGGUGCGCGUACCUGUACGGGUACUAUUUUGAAGCGGAUCUAGGCUGGCUGGAGGCUCAUAAACACGACUGGGAACACAUCAUCGUCUGGACGCUGAAUGAUAACAUCUUUUUCGUUUCGUGGUCCGCGCACGGCAAAUACACAACCCACCACCAGUCUGCUGUUCUCUUCGAAGGGACUCAUGCGAAGAUGGUGUAUCACUUGGGCGGGGUGGGAACUCAUUCUUUCCGCAAGGCUGAGGCGAAGGAUGAUCAUGUUGAGAACCACACGGGACAAUGGGUCAAAUCCCCGCUGGUUUCCCUGGAGAAGCUUGAUUGUGACAUCGUUAGAAAGCUGCUGAAUAACAAUUGGGGGAGUGCGGUGUCUGAUCUCAAGAAGGACAGGUUUGGGUCGCAGUUGGAUAAGUGGAUGCCGUACGAUGCGAGGAACAACGAGAAGUAUAAUCCCUGGGAGCCGGUGGUUCCCUCAUGGGCUACGUGA